AUGUCGAACACAAGUGACAUUAUCACUUUCCCCACAAGCAAGGACGGAUGGAAGGCCGAUGCCAAAAAGCAUAAACUAGGAGAUGCUAGUAUUCACCACACUCCGUGUGCUUCAGCGUCAAAGAUCAGCGAAGCACAAUAUCUCCUUCUUCGGAGCUUUUGGGUCACUGCGAAGCAGGACACUAAGCGGAAUGCGAAGGACUGGGGAAUCACGGCUACCUCAGAGGCAAGGCGUUGGUUGGAUAACGAGGACGACUGGCGGAAAUAUCUUCAAACUCUCACUUCCACAGCUACGACCCCAGUCCCAAGGCUCGGCUCGUUCUCGUACGUGCAUCUUUCCAGACACCAGGUUACUAGACUCCCUGAAACGUUUCGAGAGGAAGAAGGGGACAAAAAUGUGUCCUUCAGCCCGAUAGCCGGUCGGCUUCGGUCGACCAAAUACCCCCCCGACGGAAGGAUAACCCCAGACAGCCCUUUAGCGAAGAAAGGAGGACAUUACCCCCCUCUUAGCCAGAGCUCCGAUGACGACUAUGACAACAAUAGCUUCAAGGGAAAAGCUAAGGGCAAGGACAAGGCACAGGGUAGCCUUACCGAAGCCUUCAACAAGUUUGGCCUGGAGGAAGGCUCAGUGCAUGGUUCGGUCAAGAGUUCUAGUAGCGAAUCGCAGAUGGUUUCGUCCUUCGAAAUGAGCCCUAAUUCAUACCGCAAGGCUUUCCCUAAGGUGGAAGAUGAGCAAAUCGUCAAUGGAUUCUUAAUCGCAUUCCUUGCAACGCUAUGCAUGCAUAACCCAGAUGUCAAACUCGAGUGGUCGCCGGUCCGAAAGGCGUUGAAAUUCGGAAAAGUCGAAGCCCCAGCCAGUGGAGAGAAGGCAUUUCUUUUCGAAGCCAGAACUGAUGGCCAUUUAUCUCGGCCAGGCGUGGGUGAUAGCGAUGUGCGUUCUGCCAUGAUUGUCGAGGUCAAGCCAACCCUCCGCGGGUACAACAAUCGGGUAAUCCAUCAGGCUACCGCUCAGAUGGCUGCAUGGAUAUACGCAGAGGCAGACGAUCCAAGCACUCAACAGCCCUAUCGACGAGCUAUGAUUCUGCAAGAACGCCAUGAGAUCAGGCUUGUAAUUGCGACAUACGACCAAGCCUAUGUCGAUUAUCUCCACGACAAAGUAGACGCAGCCUCUGACAGGUCUUUACUGGAGAUGCACGAGUACCGGGUGUGGGAUAUCCAAAAGGAAGCUCAAAUGCGAGACUUCGGCGUCACCCUCUUAGCGCUUGCAUUGCAAAACGGCAAACUGUUGUAUUAA